CCCCCCCCCGCUUCCUGACGGGCGGGGCCGCGGCCGGAGCGGAGGCGGCAGGUCCCGGAGCUGCCACCCGCCAUGUGGGACCCCAGUGCAGGGCAGCCACCCCCCCCCAACCCCGUGUACCCCCCAAACCCUGUGCACCCCCCCCAGCCCCAACCCCACAACCCUGUGUACCCGCCCCCCGGGGUACCCCCAAACCCGAUGGGAGGGCCUGGGCAGCCCCCAUACCCCACCGGCCCUGCUCCGUACCCCGCAGGGGCUCCCUUGGCCCCCUCAGGACCCCCCUUGUGCCCAAUGGGACCCCCAGGGUGCACCCCCCUGCAGCCCCCCCACCCCAGCGUACCCCCCUUGUACCCCACCGGGCUGGACAAGAAGGCGGCAAAGAAGAUGAAGAAGAGGAUGAAGAAGGCCCAGAAGAGGCACAAGCGCUCUUCGUCGUCGUCGUCCUCCUCCUCCUCCAGCAGCGACUCAGACUGAGGCCACCAUCACUGCCCGGCAUCCGUGUCCUGCCAUGGCCACCCGUGACCACCCAUGACCACCCAUGGCCUCCUGUGUCUUCCUGUGACCACGCGUGUCCUCCUGUGACCGCCCGCGUGCCCACGACCACCCCAGCCCCGCCAUGUCCUCCUGGGUGCUGGGACCAUGCGUGGCCAGACAUGAUCACCUGUGUCCUCCCAUGGCCAACCAUGUGCCCAUGACCACCAGCACCACCCAUAUCUACCUGGGACCUCCCGUGUCCACCCAUGACUAUGCAUGACCAACCAGGAUGACCCAUGACCAUCUGUGCCCAUCUGUGACCUCUUGGAACCACUCAUGUCUACCUGGGACCUCCUGUGUCCACCCAUGACCACGCAUGACCAACCAGGAUGACCCAUGACCAUCUGUGCCCAUCCAUGACCACCUGGAACCACCCAUGACCAUGUGGGACCUCCCAUGUCCACCCAUGACACCUGUGCCUACCUGUGUGCCCAUGCCCAUUGUGUCCCCAUGCCCAUGGGGUCCCCCUGUAUCCCCUCACCCCGUGGUCCCGUGGGGGGCCCAGCUGCCGGUUGCUGUGUGGUGGGGUGCCCCUGCUGCCCCCCAAUAAAGCCCUGGGAUACCC